GAAGCAGCCUACUAAAGCAGAUACACCUGUUUGACUGUCAAGGUGUGGAUCAUGGGAGAACAGCUGUUAAACAAGAGCAUCCUUGAUCAAUUUAUUAAUAGCCAUGAGCAGUCAUAUGAAGAGUUUCUAAAUACAUUCACUUAUCUUUUGAAAGAGGAAGAGGGGAAAACAAUUCAAGGAAAUAAAGUGGACUCCCUAAGAAAAACAUUUUCUACUUCUGAAUUAUCAAACAGAAAUAAACAGGAUGGCUCACCUGGAAGAAGCAAAGAAAUGUGGGUGUCUCUUCCACCACAGAUGCCAAAUGUGAAUGAGACAGUGAUGAAUGAGAGCUGGAAAGCUGGUGGCUCUGAUGGAAAUGAUCUCAGUCUAUCUGAAAGAGUGAAGGUGGACAAGUACUUAGGUUUGGAAGAUACAGACAUGGAUGAAGAGACAUGCAGUGCAGGGUCGUUAGUUCUCCCAGGAGAGGCGGAAGAGACAGUGACUUAUUGUACACCUUUUUUUGAUAAGCCUAUUCAUUUGAAGUUCAGAACCUUGUCAGUUCCACAGCCAUCAGACAGCAAAGCCCAAGAG